GCGCGCCGUCACGAGUGCACGACGUCGGCGAGCUCGAGGACGAGGGUGUGGCUCCCGUUUCCGAGGGACGCGCCGUGGCGCCCCUGCAGUACCCUCCCGUGCGUGCCGUCCCAGCGGCGGCGGACGCGGGCCUCGCCGUCGACGACGAGGCGCGACGGCACGCGGCCCACGCCCAGGUCGCGGAUCGCCCUUUCAUCCAACCAAUAGUGCUCGAGGUGGGGCCAGCGCUUCGCCGCCGCCACGGCCCGGGCCGGCGACGGGUCGACGCAGCAGGCCGCGCACCUUAUGGCCUUCUCGGCGAAGCCGUACGCUUGCGACACGCUCGCAUCCUCCAACAUCGCGGCGAGCGCGUCGAGCUCGUCGAGCGUCUCGCCCGCCUUGACCCGCGAUCACGCGUCGACGGCGACGAGCGGCGGGAUCCGCCGCGGGCCGUCCAGCGCGUGGAAUUCCAGUACCAAACACUGCGUCGGCGGGCGCAGCAGCUCCCAGAGCCUCGUCGUGCCGCCCUGGCCGACGGGGCCCCGCAGCGUCGCGUUCGGGAGCUGCGCGCUCUUGUCUCGCAGGGGCUUUGGCGGUGGCCGCGGCUUGUUCGUCGCGUCCUCCGGCGUCCCGGUCGGUGGAGGCGGCGGUUCUGGCACCGCCUGCAGCGCAUCUGGCGCGGCCGUCUCGGCCGGCGGCGUCGGCGGCGGCGGCUCGACGGGAGGCGGCGGCGAUUGCGAGGGCGGUGGCGCGUCGGUAGGCGGCGGAGGUGAUUGCGGCUCAGCCAGCGGCGGCGGCGCUGAAAGGGCUGCCUCCUCGCGCUUCUGCCGCUGGCGCCGCGCCACCUUCUUCCACGCGCGCAGGCACAGGGCGACGUCGAUGACGAGGCGCAGCUCCUUGGCCAUGGCACUACCUACACUGGCAGUCAAGCAUGGAUGCGGCAGCGUGCUUAGUCCAUGGGGCCUGGCCCAGGUUCUACUCAAGUUGGGGCAGCCAACGACUCCCGCUCUGUCGGCCAGCAACGGAUUCGAGUUGGAUUAUUUUUUCAGGCUAGCGUGA